AAACAUAAAAAAAACCGUGCAAAAAAAGGCGAUAAAAAAGAAAUUAUGCUUCAUUGUGCCAUUGUGUGAGAGGUCAAGCAGUAGCAGCAACAGCAGUAGCAGUAGCAAACCGCCGAAGAAUACGAGGAAGAAGAAGCAGGAGGCGAAAACGAAGAAGAAGGAACCGACCGUCGUGUAGGAGCCAUAAACAAACAGUUUCAAGUUGCUUCUGUUAAUGGUUAAUAGGCAAGCAGCUCGAAUGAACUCAUAAAAGGGAACUACCGCUCCCACCCGUCCGUUUCUCUUUACCCCAUAUACACAUAUAAACCACUAAAUGAGCUAGAGAGACCGACCACAAGAUUACCGUUAAUUCUUUGCAGUCAUCGUCGACGUCCCUCCGCCACCGCCACCGCCGCUGCUAGCGUCACCGUCAGCGUUAACGUCUGCGGUAAUCUUGCACCAGUUUACUUAUGCUCUUUCUUUAAACAGAGUCUCAGACAACAACAGAGACCCAGACAAUAACAGAAACAAGCAAAAGUACAAAAAAAAAAAACAAAGAAACAAAAAAAAAAAACUUUCUUCAUUUCAUUUCAAGUCAAAGUCAAGUCGUGUCGUGUCGCAUCGUGUCGGUGCCGUGAUCUUCCGCCACCGCAUAGCUGGUCUCCAUCUCGAAUCCAACUCUAAAAACCCUGCUUCUAUUUCAAUUGUUAACGAGCGAAAGCGUCGUCAUUGGAGUCUCCAGAGCCAAAGCCCCACAGUGAGCGCCAGCGUCAGCGUCAGAGUUAGCGUCAGCGUCGUUAGAGUCUCUCAGAUUCAGGAAAGUGCAGUCAGUCGACAGUGAAAAUGUACCAAAACCCAACCCAAACGCAUAUCCACAGCCAGAGACAGCCGCAGCUGCUGAAGCUUCAUGUUAAGCGCCAGCUGUUUGGCGCACUGUUGGCUGUAUUAACGUUAGCCGCUCCGGUCACUAAUGCCGCUGUAACAGAUUCACCAAUAAAGAUAAUUAAAUUGCCCGUUCAGGCACCAGUUAUACGUUAUCGUAGUGCUGAUGCUGCACCCGAUUCGCUAUUGAUCAAUUAUCGUCAAGAUGCCCAGCCGGAAUUGUCAUCGACAUUGAUGCAGGCACCAGGAGCAGCAGCUGCCGCCUUGGAGAAUUUACUCAAUGAACAAAUGGAGCAGCAACAAUCGCAACUGGGUGGUGGAGGUCGUCAACAUCGUGGAGCUGGCAGUAGCAGCGGAAGCAAUGCUUCUCCAAACAAUUGUCCACGAUCCUGUCCACCUGGUGUGACAGUGGGGGCCGAACCUGUUUGCGGUAGUGAUGGUCUAAUCUAUGCCAAUCUAUGCGAGUUGCGCAAAAAGACUUGCGCCCGCAAUGGUGUAUCCUUGGUCAAGGAUGUGCGCGAUGGCUGUGAGAGAUCGAAGGGUUCCGAGUGCAAGCAUCGCUGCAGCACCGAAAAGGAUCCAGUCUGUGGCACAGAUGGUCGCACCUAUUUGAAUCGCUGUAUGCUGCGUGUUCAGUCCUGUCGUGUGGGUUUGGCUGCCGUCAAACUUUCGCAUGUGGGUCCCUGCAGUAAUACUAGUGCCAUACGUGAGUCCUGUCCCGUGGACUGCAACAGUGCGCCACGCGAUGGACCCAUUUGUGCUUCAGAUGGCAAUGUCUAUAACUCGACAUGUGAGAUGAAACUGCAUACCUGUGGUCAGGGUGUGGUCAAGACAAGUCGCAAGCAUUGCCAAUCCACGCGCAUGUGCAGGGAGUCCUGUUGGCGUGUAGCCAGACCCACCUGCGGCUCCGAUGGCCGACUUUAUGCCAGUCCCUGUAAAAUGCGCUCAUCGAAUUGUGGCAAACAUGUGUUCGAAGUGCCGUUAUCGUUUUGCAUGACCCAGGAGCGGCAUGGCAGUAGUGGCAAUAGUCCAGCGGAUGUCUGUCCCACUGAAUGCCCCAAAGCUGAAGCGGAUUCACCAUCGCAAUAUGUAUGCGGCAGCGAUGGCAACAUAUAUUCCUCUCUGUGUGAACUCAAAAUGCUAAAUUGCGGACCUCAGCGUAAGUCCAUACAAAAGAUGAGCAUGGACAAGUGUAAGAAUCGUUUAAGCCGCUGCAAACAGUUGCCACCCUGCAAGGAUUUCAAUAAUCUCUUUGGCUCCAUCUUUAGCUCGAAGCGGAAUGACAAACUCUGCGGCACCGAUGCCAAGACCUACAACAAUGAAUGUGAACUGGCCCAUGCCACUUGCCUACGAGGUGUCAAUUUGGCCCACAUUGGCCCAUGCACGGAUCUAAAUGCAUCCGCCAAAGAUUGCGGUGAUGCCUGCACUCGAGCUGAUCUUGAACAGCAACCGAUUUGCGGCUCAGAUGGCAAUACUUUCGCCUCAAUGUGUGAAUUCAAGCGUCGCACUUGCCAACUCCGUGUGGUGCCCGUCUCCUUGAAGAAUUGCCCCCUAACCGCUGACUGUGAAUCCGAUUGCGAUGCCCAACCGCCUAGCUUUGUCUGCGGUUCAGAUAACAAAUUCUAUAAAUCCGAGUGUCAUAUGCGUAAAGAGAAUUGCGGUAAACAUGUCUUUGUUGUGCCACUGAAGCGUUGCCUGUCGGCGUUCCAGUUCAAGGGCUGUGCCCGCAUUUGUCCACGCGAAUUCGAGCCUGUCUGCGGUAGCGAUAAUAAAACCUAUCUGAACGAUUGUUUCCUCGACAUUGAGAACUGUCGCACCAACAGCACGGUCACAGUGCAGCACUAUGGAGCUUGUGGACGACCCGAGGCGCCUUCAACCAAUUUCCUCUAUUGAACAAAAGAAAAUGUAAACCGGGGAAAACUCUGUUUGCUUGGCAUUUAAAAUAAUAUUUCUAGGCUAAAAAGAACGAAAAACAAAAAACAA